AUUUUUUUCAUUUAAAACAUAUGUAUUCUGACAUUUGGAAAAAUGUCAAAUUGUUCCAAUUUCCUAAAAAUUGCAUAUUGUAUAUUUUCAUAAAAAUUAUGCAGUAAAACAUAUUAAAACUUAUAAUUGAUUUAGAGCAAGAAAAUCAUUGUUCAACGAAAUAUAAUAUUUAUUUUUAUCGAAAAUUAAUAUUUAAAUGGUUUCAUUAAUAAUAAUUGUAUCUCUGCACAUUAUUAUGAUUAUGAUUGUUGUAUAUUUUAUCUAAUAAUCUAACAAGGUGCUAAUUGUAUGAGAUUUGUCUCAUUCAGUUUCAAAAUCUCACCUAUCUACUCAAUCAUAAAAUGUUAAAUAAUUCAUAGUGCAAACAAAUAUGGAGUAAAUAUAAUUGAAUUCAACAGUACAUCUUUCAUAUACGUAUCUACGUAUGUAAUGGCGUUAAAUCUUCGUGCACGAUCAACUCUUCCAAAAAUGGUGCAAAAUAACUUUUACGUUACGAAAUUAUAUGUUUACAUACAAAUUUUUAAUAACAUGUUAUUAUAGAUAUAUAUAGUGAUGCAUGUGCAUAGUAUCAUGACAUCUUGUUUUAAGACAAAUAUCUUCUUUCACGCAUGUUCUUCCUUCAAAUAAAAGUGGGCUUCCAUAGCGAAGAUCAUUGUUAUUUCACGAAACUAUUACAUUAUCUCUUAUACAAAAUUAAUGAUCAGUCUUCUGUUAUUUGAUUUUAUAAUUCAAGGAACAAGAAUAAUAUUUUGUUACUUCAUAACUGAAUAAUAAUUUCUCUUAUUAUUAACUUUUUGGCAAAUAAAAAAGAUCUGUGGUGAAACUUCUCUCUUUUCUAAUGGCAAUACAAUUUGUAUAUGUAGUGUGUCAUAUACAUAAUGUUUAGGUACAUUUCAUUAAAUCUGAAUUUUACUAAUUUCAAUUUAUAAUGACUAAUGAGUUCCAGAGUAUUUUGUCGACACAACACAUGUAUACAUAUAUAUUCGUACAAUAUAGCAAAUAUGAUAUAUUUUUCUAUAGUUAUUAAUCAACAAUGAAUAUGAGUUUGAUCUGAUUGUUAAUUAUUUUGUAUAAUUUCUAAAAUAUGUAUUAUUUGUUUUUUGUAAUGUGCGCGUUGCCCAUGAUGUAACAACAAUAAUAAUUAGUAACUUAAAAUGUAUUAUAUCUUGACAUGUUUGAUAAGUAUAUAAAAAUAAAUACCAGAAGAAUAACGUAUUAAUCUAUUCAUGAAAAGGCACCUUUAUCAUUUAUCUUUUUAUAAAGAUUAUUGUUAACAAUUGAUAUAAAUCUACAUUUCACUUAAUGGAAUGGUUAAUUAUAAAUAUAUAUCGUCGUUUGUAUCUAAUUUGGAAAUUUAAAAACGUCGAUAUUACAGUAUUGGCUAUUUAGCACGUAUGGUAAAUCAAAGAUGGUGCUAAUAGUAACAAAAGUAAAUCCACUCACGUGGACCAAAGAGGUUUGAAACUAUCAAGUGAGCGUGUGAAAUAUUUUCUUAAAUAUUUUGGAUUAAUACUUUAUAUUAUAUUAACAUUAUAUUAUACAUUAUAUUACAAUAAAAGUUAUUAAAAAAUUGGAAGAUAAACAUGAAAAUACCUUACAAGGCAAAUAUAAAUGAUUUUUUAAAUCAUUCUGGCAAUUUGGCGUUUGAAAAUGAUCACCAUUCUAAUGAUGAAAUUGAUGAAGACAAAGACUAUGAAAAUGAAGAAAGUGAAGAAAAUGAAGAAGUGGAAAAGAUAAAAGAUAUUAAUAAAGGAGGAAAUUUUCUCUUGGUAUCUGACAGAAAAAGAAGGAAGGUUACCAAUGAUUCUGCAGACAUUUUAUUAAAAAAGAAAAGAAAAUUAGACAAUGAUUUAUACAAACCACCAACUGCUGAAGAACUAAAUCAACUUAGGGAAACAGAAAAUUUAUUUCAUUCCAAUUUAUUUAGACUACAAAUAGACGAAAUGUUAAAUGCAGUUAGACUUAAGGAUAAAUAUAAAAAUUUGUUUGAUAUUUGGUUUAAAAAGUUUAAAGGGACUAUUGAAUCCAUAGAGGAAACAGAAGAAUAUGAACUUUCAGAUGAGGAAUUAGGGAAAAAAUUGAACAUGCAUAUUUCAAUGCUUAAUGUACCAAAAGUAGCAAAAGGAAUAUUUAAAUUUCUUAAGCCAACAGAUAUUUCCAUUAUAGGAUCUUAUAUAUUUGAAGCUGCAGUUGGUUCAAAUAUCACUGUAGAUGUAAUGAUUGAAAUGCCUGCCAAGAUGUUCCAAAAACAAGAUUACCUAAACUAUAGAUAUAUAAAAAAGAAAAUUAUAUAUUUAGCAUACAUAGCAUCUAAUAUUACUGAUGAUAUUGCAGAAAGCAAGAGAUUUAUCAAUGACACAUUAAAGCCAGUUUUAAAAAUUGUACCAAGUGGAAAAUUAGGUACCAAAAUUAAUGUAUUGAUACAUAUAUCAGCUCAAGAAGGAAGUUUUAGACUAAGUAGAUUUUUACCAGAAAAGAAUAAUGUUAGACCUCAAUGGUUUUUUGGAGAGACCAAAAAUAUUGCAGAGAAUUUUGUGCCAACACCACAUUAUAAUUCAAUAAUUCUUCGUGAUUUAAUUAUGAAAAUACAUGCAGAGAAUAUGAAAGUAAUAAGAGAAUAUCCAAAUAUAAGAGAUGGUAUUAUUUUAUUGAAAAUAUGGUUAACUCAACGUGAAUUAUUAAAAGGCUAUGCAGCUUUUAAUGGACAUAUCAUAACAAUGCUUAUUCUAUAUUUGUUAUCCAUAAAAAAGUUAAACACAUUUAUGAGCAGUUAUCAAAUAGUCAGAAAUGUGUGGAAUUAUUUAAUACACAUUGAUUGGUGUGAAUCUGGAAUAAGUACGAAUCAAAAUGAAGAGAGUAAAGAUAGAAUUUUGAAAUAUCAUGAGUAUUAUGAUUGUGUAUUUUUGGAUAGCACUGGUUAUUACAAUAUUACUACAGAUCUGUCUAAAGCUACAUAUAGAUGGGUACAAAAAGAAGCAGAACUUUCCUUAAAUCAUUUGGACAAUGCACAUGCAAACAGUUUCCAAUCACUUUUCAUGAGAAAAGUACCAUUUUAUAUGGCAUUUGAUCAUUUUGUAUGGUUUAAAGAUGCUAAAAUGUUAAGAAAUCUAGUAGAUGUUAAUUCAAGUGACAAAGAUAAACUAGAUUAUGGUCCCAAUUAUCGAGCCCAAGCAAUAAAAGUUCUUUGUAAUACUCUUAAAGAAGGACUGGCAAAUAGAGUACGUCAAAUUUGUGUAUUACCGAAUGAAAGUUCAGAACGGGAAUGUACAGAGAAUAAUUGUGAUGAUAUUGGGAAGAUUUUUAUUGGGUUAGAAUUAAAUCCAGAGUAUUGUUUUAAUAUUGUUGACAAGGGACCUGAAGCAAAUUUACCAGAAGCUAUUGAAUUUAGAAAUUUUUGGGGUGAAAAGUCAGAGUUACGGCGAUUUCAAGAUGGAACUACUCGAGAAACAGUAGUUUGGUCGAAAGGCAAAACAUUAUCAGGAAAAAGAUUAAUAUGUAAAAAAAUCGUAACAUUUUUACUAAGAAAAAAAUUAGGUAUACUUAAAAAUAAAUUUAUAUAUAUUGCGGGUGAAAUAGAAGAACUUUUACAAUUGCGAAAGGUAAAAAUAACGCAUUUCGCUUAUGGAACGGGAGAAGAAGCAGCACUGAGAGUAAUAAACAUAUUCAAUCAACUUGAGAAAGAUUUAAUGUCUCUUACAGACAUUCCCUUAUCAAUACAUGGGGUACAAGGAUCUAGCGCGGUUUUUCGAUAUACGGACGUUUUCCCACCACUUGCAACGGUUUAUCGACCUGAUAAUCAACUUAUUAAGAAAUCUAAAAAGGGUUUGACAUUAUCAAGAAAUAUAACUGCAGCACCUAAAUAUGUUUGUCCGCUUGAUGUGAGCUUGCAAUUGUCAACCAGUGGAAAGUGGCCAGAUGAGUUAGAAGCUCUUAGAAAUACAAAAGCCGCUUUUCACAUACAAAUUGCAGAAUGCCUCAGAAAACAAUAUAAGUUAACGGCAGAAGCAAACUUUUCACAUAUCGAUGUAUAUAAGGAUGGAUUUGUGUUUCGGUUAAGAGUGGCACAUUCAAAAGAAGUUAGUUGCUUGAAACAGCAAAUAACUGAGGAUGGAGUUAUACAAUAUAAAGAUAACGAAAAAUCAAUCGAAUUAGAAAAUCAGCUAUUUGAAUUACCAAAGCUAACUAGUGCUUUACGUGGCUUACAUAAUCAACAACCAUCCUUUGGACUUACAUGUUGUUUGGCAAAACGUUGGUUAUCCUCUCAGCUAUUAGAUAAUUCUCAUAUGCCAGAUAUAGUAGUUGAACUACUUGUAGCCUCAAUGUAUUUAAUACCUGCACCAUACAGACCUCCUCAAAUGCCUCAAAUAGCAUUCUUGAGACUCUUAGAAAGUUUUGCAAGGGGCCAUUGGAAUACAGAUCCUGUUAUAGUAAAUUUCAACAAUGAAAUGUCUAAAGACGAAAUAAUUGCCGUGGAAACGCUUUUUGGAUCAUCACGUGAUUCUUUGCCACCAUUAUUUAUCUCUACUCCUUAUGAUCAACAGAGAUCAUUAUGGACUAAAAAAGCACCAUCUACUCUAAUUUUAAACCGUAUUACAAUGCUGGCUAGACAAUGUAUAAAGUUAUAUGAACAUCAAUUUUUUACAAAAGUUCUGUUAGAUUUCAAACCCUUAUUUAGGCCACCACUUACAGAAUAUGAUUGUUUGAUUUACCUAAAACCGUGUAUGGUUCCUAGAAGGUUACAGGCAGUUGAUGUUAAUGAUUCAUGCCCAAUUGUUGAAUGGCACCCAUAUAAACAUCAUUCAGCCCAAAAGAUACCAAUUGUAGGUUUUGAUCCUGUACAACAUUACCUAGAAGAUCUUAGGAAUGGUUAUGAUGAAUUUGCCUUAUUUUUCCAUGAUACCUAUGGUGGUAACGUAAUUGGAGUUUUAUUGAGACCCUCUGUGCUAGAAAUUAAGGAUCUCAAGGUUUCAAAUAUAAGUGGCAGAAAAUGUAAUAAUAAUAAUGAACUAGCUUUAAAUAUUUCGGCAAUCAUACAAGAUUUUUAUGUUCUUGGAAAAGGUCUUGUAGAAGCGAUAGAUGUUCGAUCUAAAAAGUUUUCUUUAACUUGAUUUCUUCUAGUACAAAUUCUAGUAUAAUUACAUACUUCUAGUAUAAUAUACAUUUUAAAGUAAAGCUUUGUUUUUUAUAUUAAUUGUUUUACGAUAUAAUUGUCUAGUACCAACUUUCUUAUCUUGUAUAAAAAUAAUUAUUUUGCAUACAAAAUAAUUUAAUUAUGAAACCAUAAUUAAACAUGAAUAUAGAUAAAAACCAAUUAUAUAAAAUACA